AUGCUCGGGCGGUCUUCAGCAUACCGCACCACAACGAAUGCGACAUGCAACGAGCCAGCCUUUUCCAAGAACUGGGUCUCGCCCCUGGCACAUCCCGUCGGUCUCUACGUGUCCAUUGCCAACGAUAUUGGCCCUUUGUCCCCGUUGUCGACCUUUCACAUCACUUUCCACCUGGAGGGGAAAGAUUCAAAAGAGAUCAGCUGCCAACAGGCCAACAUCACACCGGCUCUCAGUCCGACCAUCUCCUCAGCCAUCACUUACUCGGCUUGGGCUCUCUUCAUCUUCGUGCUUCUCGUCGGCAUCGCACGCUCCGUCUCCAGCACCCCGAUCAAUUUCGAUAAUGAUGAACCGCGCCCAGUUCGGACAGUCCUCCUGAAUGUUGGGGACUGUCUUCAGUACCUUGAGUUCAUUUUUUUUUUGUUUGACUGUGUGGAAGAUGGAAUCUACGUGCUGAACGGCACCUAUGGUUUGGAGUUGAUGGCCCAGAUUGCCGGCGUCCCCAUGUCGAUGGACACCUGGCUCAACAUGGCCAUUCUUGUGUUCAUGGUUGCAGCAAGCAUUGCCUUGGUUCUCAGGGUCUCCUGGUUUGUGAGCAGCAACCGCAGCUCAGACAACUGGCCGUCGCAAUCGAGCCACGGCGCCCUCCUCUUCGACAGCACCAAACGAUACAGGCAGCUGCCUCCUUCCGAAGACUUCCAGCGACAAGACGAGAGGUUCAUUUUCAUCAUCUUCGCUCUCACUUUUGUUCGGGGCGCUGUCGUUGGCGGGUUGCAGAUUUCCGGCGUAGCACAACUGGCUGUUCUUGGGGCUUGCGAGCUGAUUUUGCUUGCCAGCAUCGCCGGGUUCCAGGCGUACUCAACAUUCUCGGUUGGAAGCAUCGCAGCUACCAUCAGGCUCUGCAGUUUGGUAUUCCUGAUGGCUUUUCUGCCUGGAUUUGCCACCACUACAUCGUCAAAACCUGGUGGACAGCGCCAAAGCCCGAUGCUUACGGGCUUCGCCAGGCAGCCCCAGCACUAUGCGCCUGAGCCAUUCGACCGCUUCAAGUCGCUACUUUCGGUUACCACGGUCGAGCGCAUCCCUCUCAUCUGGGGACCAUCCACGCAGCCUAGGCUCUUCCAUUUACAGUUCCUCCAGGACGGUCUCGACUUCCAAUUCCAUCACAGAUAUGCAUUCUAUGCCACUCUCUCCACCGCUCACAGUGAGCCGCUCGGCGCGCGAUGGAACGACUAUUCCUUCCGGGAGGCAGAUCUUUAUUACGGCGCCCCCCGCCCGCGGCCUACGGGGAGGGCUUCGGAAGAGCUGCCCCGGCCGCCUGCUCCUCGCCCAUCCUUCCGCUCCUCAUCGGGAUUUUGGGUCAAGGUCACUGGGCAGGCGGACGCCUCCGAGCAAGGUUUCCGGGUCCCUUGCUCAAGGCCGCGCCCGGAAGUGGGCUUUGUGGUCGUCAGACCAGACAGGCCGAAUAACCUCGGGGACGGUCCGGGUGGCGGCGCGAUGCGGAGUACCUCUCCGGGCGCUUGA